UGUGUACCUCAUUGUUCGUCUGAUAAAAAUAGUAUUAUAUUAUUUGCCUAAAAUUAAAUAAAUUAAAAAACCCCCAUAUGGUUAUUGAUGAGUUGAUAAUUAUUGCGAAUGUAUGAUAACAAUAUAAACAGUGGGCUUUUCGGAGUCGGCAAUAAGAUAUAUUCCUAUUCAAUAAAUCAUUCAACAUCAAGAGAUAAAUACUGUCUCGCUUGUCAACACACAUCGAUGCUUAAGUUGGGAUGCCGUCCAAGAAAUUUUACUCUAACAGUUGUCAUCAUACUUGCAAUAUCAAAUAUGCUGUUGACAUUUUUAUUACUACAAUCAGAAACAUGCACAUCAAACAACAAAGAUGAUAAACUUAUUAAAAAUAUUAACAAUGAUAAAUUUGUAACUGAAAAAAUUGAUGGAGUACAAAAAGAUGAUGAUUACAAUGAUAAUCCAUCAACAAUAAAUUUGAUAGAUGAUGAUAUUGAUGAUGAAAAAGUAGACAACAUAAAUAUAAAUGUAAAUUUAGGAAAAUGGGAUAAUCAAAGAAUCAUUAAAAUGUUUGAUUCAGUAUUGAUUGGUAGUAAAUUUACUGAAUUAUCAAAAAAUAGUAAAAUAUGUUUAGCAACACAAUCAUCAAUCGAAAAAUUACAUUCACUUGUACAAGUUGCACAUCAUUGGACAUCAUCAAUAUCAGUUGCAUUGUAUGUUGCUGGUGAUGAAGAAUACAAUGCUGUUAAUAAAUAUUUAAUAUAUUUACGUUAUUGCUAUAAACCAAUACGUGAAAGAAUAAAUUUUUCAUUAGCAAUACCACAUAAUAAAAUACCAAUAAAUGAAUUGAAUAUUAUUAAUAAUUAUAGUAGUAUUAAAAAUUUAAAUUGUUCAUUACCAGAAGCAACACUUGUUAAUAUGUUGAAUAAAAUAUCAACAAAACAUACAUCAUGGAAAUCUAAAAAUUCAUAUCCACAAAAUCAUAUGAGAAAUUUAGCACGUAAAAAUUGUCAAAGUGAUUAUUUAUUUUUAACUGAUGUUGAUAUUGUACCAAGUAUUGGUUUUGCUGAAUCAAUUGAUUUAUUUUUACAUAAUAUACCUGAUAAUAAAUGUGAUAAAUGUGCAUUUGUUGUGCCAACAUAUGAGCUAGAUAAAAGAGUUAAAUUUCCAAUAAAUAAAACUGAACUUGUUAGACUUGCUAAAAAAGGUCUUGCACGUCCAUUUCAUUGGAAAGUAUUUAUUCAUAAUCAGUAUGCAACUAAUUUUUCAAGAUGGAUUAUGGAUGUUGUACCUGGAUCAAAAGGAUAUACAAAUUUAAUUAAUGGAAAAACUUAUGUUUGUCAUAAUGUUACGAAUUUUGAAUUUCUUUAUGAGCCAUUUUAUGUUGCUAAGGAUACUGCACCACCGCAUGAUGAAAGAUUUGUUGGAUAUGGCUAUACUAGAAAUACACAGGUUUAUGAAAUGUACGUUGCUGGUUAUCAGUUCCAAAUAUUAUCACCUGUUUUUACUGUACACUGGGGACUGCAAACGAGAAAAGGAAGAUUACCAUGGCGAGAAAAACAAAAUAUUUUAAACCGUAAAAAAUUUGAUCAAUUUAAACGUGAAAUAUUUACAAAAUACGAACGUGAUGUGUCUAAACCAUUAAGAAAAUUAUAAGAAAAUUAUAUUAAAUGUUUUUAUAUGUAAUAUAUCAUUAAUUUGACAUGGUUUUACAAAA